GAGCACAAGCCAUGCUUUAUCCUGUGACCUGCUCAUUUCUGUCUUAGGCACAGGAAACCCCUAAACUCUCUCAGCCUUGCCCCAGUGCCUGCACACACACACUCACACACCUCAGAGUGCUCAAAGAGACGAGAAUGGCUGUACGAAGAAUGAAUGAGCUCUGGAAAACGAUGGCUCUGGCUUUAAUGUCCGGCUUUCUUUUGCUUCACAGUUGCUGGGGACAGGACCAGACAAAUCAGACCAUUUCGGGAGCUAAUGAGACUACAGUUCCAUCAACACAAUCUCCAUCAACAGGUUCAAAAGCAGGUCCAACAAUACAACCAACUUCUGUAACUGCUGUUCAAGGAAAAAAUGUCCCAAGCCAGCGAAGUUCUCUUAACAUUAGUGGAACGAAAUCUCAGUCAGUCAACACUUCUGAAGCCACCCUGACUACAUCUCUACCAGGAGGACAAGCCCUGUACACCAAUGACUCUAAUGUAAAUGUGAAAGAAAAAAUACAGAUGGCGAACAAUAUGCUGAAUCAAGAGAAUGAAAAAAAUUCCUCUAGGUCUCCUGUUGUUUUCAUGUCUGUGCUGGUGACCGGCUUAUUGCUUGCUGCCAUAAUAAUUGGUAUAUACUACUUCAAGUUCCAUCGCCAAACCAACGGCAAAGGCAUGAAACUGGCUGAGGAUUCUUACAUGUCUCACGAGGAGAACCAAGGCAACACUCUGGUGUCUGUGGCCCCUCUAAAUCAACCCGAGCCCCAGGAGAAGCCCAGUCUUAACGGAGAGUCACAAGAGGUAGUGAAGGCCCAGACUUCUCCUGCUGCCACCAACGGCCACUCUACUACCAAAACGGCAGACACUGAGCUGUGAAGAAGCCUAUCGGCCACAAAGGGUCUGGGUGAAACGCUCAGUCCCUGCUCCUUAAACUCAGCUCAAUCUACUGCAUAUUGACCUUGGCCGUAAGAAGGGAGACAAAGACUGAAAUUCCCACAUUUACAUGUAAAUAUGGCGCAAAAUGUUCAUACGGAACAACUUUUGAGGCAAAGUUAAAGAUACGGUAAUAAUAAUAAAUAUUAUAGGAUAAAAAAUGGGAUAAAAUAACUGGUCAAGUAAUCCUCCUCCCUAUCUAAAAAAAUAAAUGUACACGUUUAGCCCCUUUAAGUAUAAUACAGUACUACUGUGGGGUGGGGACCUUUCCCAUGAGUCAUUGCUGGCUUCCAUAAGAGCAGCCAGGGCUGGAAUGGAACGCCGGGAGGAUCCUUGCUUCAGUUCCAGCGCGCCACAGCUUCCAGCUGAGAGUAAAUCACAUCACACCAUAAAGAAAUGUUCAGAAUUCAAUGGACGUGAGUUGUGUUUUUGUUUGCGAAAGGUUGUUUGUGUGUUUCUAGACUGUAUGAAACAUUCUGUAUGUUCGUCUAUGUGUACAGUAUGAUUUGACUAGUUAAUAGUCUUGUAUAAUUUUGUUAAUAUCACUGCAUGACAAAGUAAUGAUUUCUGGAGUUGUUGAGUAUGAGAAAUCUGUUCAAGUGUCAAUGCGACAACUCCAUUUCAUUGCUGCCUGCAAAUAACCCUUAACAUAAAAUCCUACCAAUUAGAUAUGCUGCACAGCCCUCUAGUGCUCAGGGUGACAGCUAAAUGUUAUCUGACAUUUCUGAAUUGAGUUACAGCUUUACCGUACUUUGUAAACCAGUAUUAUACUCUUUUUGUAAUAUUUUUAUUCUUGACAUUUAGAUGAAGUGUUUAUAGUAUUGAAUGACUGACUUAAUCAUUUGAAUGACCUGCCUUAAUUAUUAGACAUUACUCGGGUGGGUGCAUUUUAUUUUGUAUCUACAUUUGCUACUACACUGUAAAAAAGUCACAAGGCAAAGAAAUUAUGUAAUUGGUUGCAGCCAUAAAACCCUGGACCAUCACUUUUGGUUUUAGUCAAUUCACUCCAAUCGAAUGAGAGACAGUGCAGACAAAAAGAACAUUUCUACACUACUUUUAAACCCAAAUCUUGUUUAAAUACUUCACACUUAUGCACAAAAUUUCUGACACAAAUCUGACUAAACUUGGGGUCAAAAUUUGGUGCUAGAGUGACUGUAUCUCUUGAAAUAAACCAACAGAAAAUUAUAUGUUUUAAACGUAUAUAUGUCCUUUAUUUCAACUAUGACAUUUUGUUUUAACAUUCCUGUGUUCCAUCAUAUUUUGGAUCGGUGUACUAGCACUGUAUUAAACUGAUGUAUGUUUGUGAUAAGAAUAAAGUCUUGAAGAAUAAAUUGA